CGACCCCGGCUCGGGAUGCUAUCGAACUCCAGCUCGAGGUGGCAGGCUCGCUCGAGCUCGGCUCAGAUCCACCUCAGGGCGCUCAGGGCUCGGGGCCUCAGGCUCAUCUCUGUUUCUUCCCCCCUUUCCCUUCUCUCUGACUCUCUCUCUAUCCUGCCUUGUUCUUCCUUCCCUGGCGGCGACGAUCGGGCGAGCGGCGGCGCCAUUCGUCACGUCUUCGCCCAGCCCUUCGCCGGCGACGAGCAUCCACCAGCAAUGGAGAAGUAUAACAGCAACACUCGAUUUGCGCCCUUGAGAGACGUGCCAUUUGCUCUCCGUUGUGCUCUUGGUAACUCAAGCUCAAAUCUUGAGCAAGCCAGGGGCUACACAUCUUCGCCUCUAGCAGCCCUGCGACCAAAUAUGUCUCCAACUGGAAGCCGAACCCUGCACACAAGCCGCCCCCUGUCAUCUCCUGUUGCGAACCGCCCAUUGUCGCCCCACCUCCCGCUGAAGAAGCCACAGUUUAGCGCUACGUUCUCAAUCUCGCACCGUAUUUUCGGUGUCGCAUUGGGAGUUGCCAUCAUAUCCGUCCCUCUUGCCACCAAGUUCAGCUUGAUUUUUGGUGUUUGAGAGUGAACUACUGCAUUGGCGAGAAGCGUUGUUUCCCAUUUCUGUGACUGUUUCAUCAUCUGGGUUACCUUCAAACUCGACUGUCCAUGGUUGGAAUAAUAUCUUUGUCAUGCUUGCAAACUUCGCUAAUAAGUAAGACUAUCAAAUGAUCAGUGUAAAGAUCUCAUUCUAAAUGUACAUGGUUAUGAGGUUCUGCAAAUUUGGUGAGAACAUCGAUUUCUAUGCACGCCUUACAGUAAAGACGUGAAUUCUGGGUUUUGAACUGGAGGUCGUGAAAUUUAAGUUCUUGAACAUUA